CGGCAAUAUCUAGGCUAAACCAUUAUCAGAGUUGACUUGGAAUAUUCCGAAAUAACGAUCAACUUCCUUUCCUGGAUAAUUUUUGAUAACUGAAGUUUUGAGUUAUCGGCGUUUGUUUAUGUAUGCUCUUUUGGAAUUAUACUGAUUUUGCGGUCUUGAGACAAGCCUGAACGCAAGCUGAAUGGCCAUGGCAAGAAUGCCAGUAGACAGAGAGGUUUUAAAUGAUUUUUACAGAUCCGUCCGUGCAUAUGCAAUACAUAAGUUCGAAAAAUUCCAAGAACAACUUCAAAACGGAGGAGAUCAUUUUAAUGAUGGAUUCAACGUAAGCUGGAUGAGUAGAAACACGGUGUGGAACUCACAGAGAUGUUUGUGGAAUUACAAUCCAUCACAAAACUGUGAGCCAUGCAAGGAGUUAUUUCAGAAAGUGAUAACCCUUUACAGAAAAGUAGAUAAGAUUGGAUUUAAGAACUGUAAAAAUAAAGAGGUGGCUUGAUGCUGGGGCAUAGCAAAACUGUUCAUGCCAGAAGAUAAUCAAGACGUAGAGUCCCCAGAAGAUACAGAUGUAGUCGCUAUUAUACGGAUGAUGUCGAACUGUAGACUGUUCAUGACCUUGGAUGAUUACGAUGUUCGUGAGAUUAUUGAUGGACUGGAUCACCUAUAUUUUGGCGAUAGUCUUUACAGACAAGCAGUGUUCGAUUUGAUGGCAGCAUUUCUACAUAACUUGAUACAGGAUAUACAUGAUGAUACUAUACGUGACAACUUGAAAAGGGUUGCAUUGAAAAUUGAAACAAUUGCUGCUCAACUUCAGAUUGCUGCUAGACCACCUGACCUGAAUACAACAUGGACACCUAUAAGAGCAAUCGGACGAUCAUUAAAAUGUGUUCUUGGAAUUGUAGCCAGAAACCUCCGCCUUAUAUUAUACGGAUUUGGACACCUUAAUGUUGCAUUAAGGUGCCUCUGUUGCCGAGUGGUUAGAGUCGUUGACUUCAAACCAGUUACCCCCCAUCGAUGUGGGUUCGAAACCUCAUUUGAGGCGUAGAAUUCUUCACGUGAGGAAGCCAUCCAGCUGGCUGACGGAAGGUCGGUGGUUCUACACAGGUGCCCGCUCGUGAUGAAAUAGUGCACGGAGGGGCACCUGGGGUCUUCCUCCACCAUUAAAGCUGGAAAGUCGCCAUAUGACCUAAAAUUGUGUCGGUGCGACGUUAAACCCAACAAACAAACAAACAUAAUGUUGCAUUAAUGUAUUUUGGUUAAACAUUACUUAAAUUUAUAUAAAUACGAAUUAAAGCACCGCCUAGAAUGGGGAGUUUUCGUUAAUAUGUCUUGUAUACUGUAUACUGUUACCUUUCGUAGCAGAAAGAAAUGUUCACAUAACUCAAAGGAGUGUUUAUCAGUUUAAAGAUACAGAUCAUUAACUCAAAAAGAAUUUGACCAUUAGCACAUAUUAUUUAGCGAUUGAUGUAUUUGGCAUUUAGCAUUCAAUAUAAUUAUGGAACAUAACAUUUGGUAUGUAGCAUUAAGCAAUAAGUUUUUGGCAUUUAGCGUAAAGUAAAUGGCAUUUGGCAUAAAAAAC